AUGGCGGACUGGGAUCUCGACCCUGCUGCGUUGUUCGGCGACAAGGACGGCGACGAUGACGAAAUUCCUCAAGACUAUUCCGACGGCAAGGAACUGGUGGUGUUCCUCAUAGACGCAGGACCGGAUAUGUUCCUGCCUUACCACGACGAUGAGGAAGAGGUUGAGGCAGGAGCUAGCUUAGGUACUCAAACCAGUGCGGCCAGCUCAGAGAGGCAGAGAGGAGGGGAGGAGGGCACGGGAGGUGCCGGCGAGAGGACGUAUUUCGAGGAGGUGGUGCGAGCGCUGGUGGGUGACCUAAAGACAAGAAUCAUUUCCCGGGAGAGCGACCUCGUCUCGAUUGCUUUCUUCAACACGCGCACGAAGCAAAAUGUACAAUCGGCAGAGGGCGUGUUUGUGUUUCAGGACAACCAGCAGACGUCAGCACAGCUCAUCAGAGACUUUUCCAACCUUCCAGAGACGUUUGAGAAAGAUAUUGGGUCGGGAAACUGGUUGAGGGGGAAGGUGAAGCCCCACGACAACCCAAUCUCAAAUGCCCUGUGGGUCGUGCAAGGGCUUCUGCGCACUGGAUCCACGUCACAGGAGGUGCUGAAGAACGUGCUUCUCUUCACCAAUGACGAUGACCCCUUUGGAGCCAUCUCCAACGAGGGAGUGCGGAGCGACAUGCGGCGCACCACCAUACAGAAGGCCAAGGAUGCACGGGGACUGGGCAUUCAGAUUGACCUCUUUCCUCUCAGCCGCCCGGGGGAGAAGUUCAACUCCAACAUCUUCUAUGCGGACAUGCUAGGUGUUGAUGAUUCACAGCGAGUGGGCUUCCAACCAGAGGAGCACAGGCUGAGCGACCUGCAGCAGCGGCUGCGCAAGAAGGUGUAUCGGCGGCGAAUGGUGAAGCGAAUCAUGUUCUCCGUGCUGCCUCACCUCCACAUCGCCCUCUCCUCCUACGCUCUCAUCCGCCCUGCCAAGAUCCAGAAGCAAGUGUAUGUGAGGGCGGUGGACAAUCGCACUGUGAAG